GAGGCACUCCUUUUGCUGAGAGAGAGAGAGAGAGAGAGAGAAAGAAGGAGAGAGAGAGAGAGAGAGAGAGAGCUUUGGAGCAUUGAAAGAAGACAGAAGACUUGCUGCUGCCACAUUUCCACACUCUACAAGCAAAAACCAAGUGAAUACUUUUACUUGAAAAAGUUACAAAAGCGGCAAUGGACGGGAUAACAUUUGGACGCGCGUCGCUCCUGUGCACCCUGCUGCUCUUGGCACUGCAAGUAUGCAGUGGGGCUGUGACUGUGAAUGUGAACCCUAAAGUGGAGGUGUUGAAAGAUGGCACUGCCAAACUGCCCUGCACAUAUACUGUCUCGCCUCCAUCAAGCAACACUAUUGUUGAGUGGUACAUUGAGGAGCAGGGAACCAGGAGGCGCGUGGCUUUCCGCUCCGAGGGUGGCGAGGGAAAAAGCGAUGAGGGCACCCUUCUGUCUGGCCGGGUCACCUUUGGAGAGGACUUCACCUUGACCAUCACCUCUGUUCAACCCUCCGAUGAGCUCGUCUUCUUCUGCCAGGUCACUGCUGGCCCCGCUGGUGUCAAAGAUGCUGCCACUAUGCUCAAAGUCUUCUUUGCUCCGGAGAAGCCAGAACUCAAAAAGCCAUCAAGCCAGGCUAUUUCUGUGGGAGAGACUUCCAGCUCUGAGAUCGGCAGCUGUGUGACAAUGAACGGGCAUCCUCAACCAAGAAUAAUCUGGUUCAAAGAUGACCAGCCCCUACCCGAGGUCAAGGACAGGAAAGAGAAGACCUACAUGAUUCCCUCGGUAGUGAAGGAGGCCUCAGGUCUCUACACCAUCAAGAGCACCCUGUACAUGCAGCCCACCAAAGCAGACAAGGACUCUGUCUUCCAGUGCACCGUGGAGUACAGCAUGCCAGAAGGCCAGAUCAAACAGAAGAAGUCUGACAGCACCACCAUCAACCUCAACUAUCCUUCAGAGACCGCAACAUUUACCCUACUCAACACUGAUCCAGUCAAAGAGGGCGAUGUUGUCACUAUGAAGUGCGAAACUGAUGGAAACCCUCAGCCUGAGUUUGACUUCACGAAAGAUGGCAAACUCCUCAGUGGUCAGGGUGGUCUCCUGACGCUGAAAUCUAUCAAACGCACAGAUGCUGGCGUGUACAUGUGCAACGCUCUAGAUUUCGAUAACAUCGAUGCUGAUCUGAGUGGAAAGAUCAACCUGAGUGUCCACUACAUUGACCCAGUGAGCGUGACCCCGAUCAAACCUCAAGUUGUCAUGCUUGGAGACAAGGUGGAGUGGCAGUGUAAGACCAAGGCGUCUGCUCAGCAUACAGUUCACUGGAAAAAGGGCUCUAAGGUACUCUCUCAGAACGGCACUCUGUCAAUACAAGACGUUUCCUAUGAUAAAGCUGGGGAGUACAUGUGUGUUGGAGCCGUGCCAUCUGUGUCAGGACUGACAGCCGAGUUCAGCGUCAACCUCACUGUCAAAGGAAAGCCGAUGAUCGAGACUCCAGCUGCUGGAGAGGUGGAAAAGGAAGGAGACAUGGUAACUCUGAAGUGCUCGGCUUACGGCUUCCCUGCCCCUCAGUUCACUUGGAAGCCCUCAGGAAAAGAGUCGGUAUCAGUGGAAGGCAACAAGGUGGUGAGCACCGUUACCCUUCAAUCCACGGCCGAGGUCAUGAAGAACGGGGUGACCUGUGAGGUCUCCAAUGAGCACGGAAAAGAUAGCAAGACCUUCCUAGUAUCCCUCAAAAGAGCAAUUGACAACUCCGCUAACAGAGCUGACCAGCAGCAGGGAGGCUCCAGUGGGGUGGUGAUAGCUGUAGUGGUGUGCGUUCUGCUGCUCCUGCUGCUGGUGGCCCUCAUCUACUUCCUGAACAAGAAGAGCAAGCUGCCCUGCGGCAAGAAGGACAAGAAGGAAGUGGCCACUGGAGAGGUGAACAAUGACAUUGUGGUGGAGAUGAAGACAGAAAAGGCCAAUGAAGAAGCCGGUCUCCUCAACAAGAGACCGUCCACAGAACAGUGAUGACAUGAGACAAUGAACAUUACCGACUGAGGGAUGAAGGGAAGGAGGUCAACGGUUAUGAAGACAACAGGGCUAAUUUUUAUUUAGAUAUGGGACUGUGGGGAACAUCAAAAGGUGGAAAUGGGUUUGAUUUGGGGACCUCACCAUGCUUGGUAUUGGGUAUACUUGUUUUAUAACCAGUGGACCUGUUGAGUGGAGCUUCUCCUUUUUUUUUAAAAGAUAGAUUUGCUCUUAAAGAUUAAACUCCACCCAUCUGUGUUACCACAAGUUUAAAACUGUACAUGUGCAAAAUCAUAAUGUGACAUCACUGUAUGGCAUUAUUAUCAUGGCUUCAUUUGAUUGUAACUCCUUAUUCACCAAUCACAUCUUCGGUCGACUCCUCUGCAGAGUAGAGCUACACACACUGAGGCGUGGAUUGACACAAGCCAAACACAGGGGCAAAAUCUUUCUUAUCUACCCCAAAUGCAACACAAAAUGCCAUUAUGCUUCUGUGUUUUUUGGAGUGUGUGUCUGCAUCUAAGUGUGACACUGUAGUGACUACUCUGUCUUGGAGUCUGCACUUAAAUUCUCUGCUUUCUGCUGGGUAUGUUGGGAUAAAUUAUCACAGGCUGCCAUUCUGUUUUAUUCACUUCAGUAAUACGUGAUGAUUUACGGCAGCUCACAACAUUUAAUCCCCAAGCACGCUAUUUGGCACACAUGGCUGUAACAUUUCAGCUCAAAGAAGCUCUGUGUUCGCUUUAGUGAUGUUUCUUUAAUUGCAUUUUUACCACCUGUGAAUGUUUAUAUAUUUUUUUUUCAAUAUCCCUAAUUAGCUUUUGCUAGAAACAGCCCAGGCAUUUAGUAAUGCCAAUCUUUUCUCUACAAUUGCUUGCCUUUUUAAAUCCUGUUAAAAGCCACCAAACAAGCAAGCUAUUAGGUUGUACAAAUUUGUUUUUGCCAUUUCCAGCAUACUUGUAUAUUAUGUUAGUACAUCAAUCAUUCGCUUGUUUUCCUUUGCGCUCUUGUUUUCUUUGUAAAUUCAAAUACUGAUUAACCUGUCUAUCGAGCAGGAGGUGUACUGUGCCUGAUGUGUGGAGCUCAAAGUGUCUGUGGUUACUAAGCUGCUGGCCUGGGAUUGUAAUUGCUACCGUUUCUUACCAAGUCUCUCACAGCCUUUCAGUCCUCUUCUCCGGGAUGAAACAGUUCUCACAAGCACAGCACGCAGUGGUUCCGCUCAAAAAGCCCAAUUAUCAUCAGCUUUCACUGUAAAAUUGGUGGAAUUUGGUGAAAUGGUCGACAAUCUCAAACUGUGGCCUGCUAUGUUGUUGUUUUCUCAUGACAACAAAAUGGGACUUGUAGGGGCUACGGCGCAGUAGUCACAGAUUCACCUAUUAGGAGAAAUCACUGGCACAGAUUCACCCUAGUUUGAUACAAGCAGGGAAGGGAAGGGAACAUGGGGGAGGGAUCAGGGGAUUUGCUGGUGUAUGUGAGUUAUUUGUGAUUUUUACCAAAUGAAAGAGUUUUUGAGUGUCACAGCAGGAGUGUUUUUUUGUUUAGGUACGCGAUACAGACAUUUAUGUUCCUCCCUUACACUGUCGGCAGGCCAGAGAGAGAUGAUAGCAGGUUGACAGGCCCUUUAUCUUUGUUGUACACUGGAACCUACGGCCUUGAUUUUUUUUUAAAAAAAGGUCAAUUCAAACCACUAUCUACGCCCAGAAGGCUCAUUUUAUUUUUCAAUGUCAGUCUACUGAUCUUGCCAUAAACUUAUUGACUGUUAGCAAACCUGUGAUGGCAGGUGAAGACUUAAACUUGGAGCAUCUUUUUUAUUUUUAUUUUAAUGUUUUAUAUAAAAAAAAUAUUGUGGUAUUAAAGUUGCUUUGUUUUUUUUUAGAAAGGGGAUUCUUCAUUUUGGAACUACUGAGUUUUCAUUUUUCCCAUGCCUUUCCACUAGCUGAGAAAAGAGAGAAAUGUUUUUUUUUUUAAAAAGGUUUCUUUUUUUAUGAGAUAUUCUCAGUGCUUUACUUCUCUCUCUCUCUCUGUACUGUAUACUGUAUAUUUUGUGGUACGCUGUUGUGACCUCUGUGGUGUGUUGAUGUAUCUUUUUAUUUUGUUCCAGCUGUGUAGAAUUUAUAAUGAAAAAAAAACUCAAGAAAACCAAUCACACCCCUUUA